UUCGCCUUGACAGGCAAACAUGAGUAAAAAAACUUGUCUUUUCUACAGUCAAAGGGAUGGGGGGAGUCGGUAUAUAUUUUUAUACACAACAGGUGUCCUGGUGAAACUGGUUUUUAUGACUGACUGAAUGGCUGGAAAUCAUCACCUGACCCUCAAGUUCUACAGCUGAAUUGGCAAGUAUUGAGAGAAAGACAGCCCACACUCACUUAUUCCCUGGGUCCAAUGAGAGUAGCCUAUCAGGCUAUGAAUAUAUACCAGGGAGAGGAUUGUGACCCAGCCCAGUGUUGGUGAGGGGUCCGGAUGUCUGCCCGUGGGGCAGUUCCCUAAGUCUUUGGGGUUGGGUGUGGGUUGGGUUACACCUCCCACCCUUCCCCUCUAUCACACCCUCCACAUCCCCCUCUUUUUUCCUCCACCUCUCUCUCUCUCUCUCUCUCUCUCUCUGCCCCCUUUCUGGGCUGCACACACACACACAGUCCCAUAGACACAAACACACGGUCUCACACACACACACAUACACACACACACACACAGACGUUCCUGCUCUCAGGAACGGCAGUCCCGUGCGCUCAGAGGCCAGGAGAAGUUCCUGUUCGGAGAGUGAAGAGGAGGACAGGAGUGGAGUGGAGUGGAGCGCAGUGCGUGUCUGGGAGUUUUGCAAGGCUUUUUUCUCAGACGAAAGGGGAGAGAGGAGCUAGGAGCCAUGGCUAGGCACCUCACCGUCCUCAAGAGCAUCGUCCUGUUGCAGUCGCUCUGCCUGGCUCUGGCACAAGUGAGCGGUCCUCCAGGAUCACAGGGACCUCCAGGUCCACCCGGCCCCUCUGGAACCCCCGGCGCCGACGGAAUUGAUGGUGAUAAAGGACCUCCUGGGCCUUCGGGACAGACUGGCCAGAAGGGAGAACCAGGGGAACCAGGGCCCGAUGGGACUCCAGGAGAGAACGGCAUCGAUGGUUUGAUUGGAGCCAAGGGAGACAGGGGUGCGGUUGGUAGCCCUGGACCAAAGGGUCUGCCAGGCCCAACCGGACCACAGGGACCAACAGGUCCUGGACUUCCCGGACUAUCAGGAGCACCAGGUCCCAUUGGACUUCCUGGUGAGUUGGGCAAGGCUGGACCCAAGGGAAUGAUGGGACCUUCUGGAGCUCCAGGCCUGCCAGGAGCCGCAGGCAAACCAGGUCCUCCAGGAAAGUUCCUGGGCGGAGGAGAGGAGGGGAGUGCUGACUUCCAGUGUCCCACCAACUGCCCGUCUGGGCCAAAGGGGCCCCAAGGACUACAGGGAGUGAAGGGACACAAAGGUCGUGCUGGUAUUCUGGGUGACCCAGGAAGCAUCGGAAAGUCAGGUCCUUCAGGAGAACUGGGCAUCUCUGGAGAGCAAGGCAUCCCAGGCCCUCCAGGUCCUCAGGGUAUCAGAGGGUACCCCGGCAUAAUGGGACCCAAAGGGGAGAUGGGUCCUCGUGGUUAUAAGGGCCUCAAUGGUCCCAUUGGCAUCCCUGGCAUUCCCGGUGAGGAGGGGCCUCAGGGACCUCCUGGUGAACCUGGUGACAAAGGGGAUUUGGGUGGAGUUGGCAUCAAAGGACCCCAGGGUGCUGUUGGGAAGAAGGGAGAAAAUGGUCUGCCAGGAAUUGAUGGCAAAGACGGCACACCCGGAAUUCCUGGCAUAAAGGGUGCCCCAGGACAGGCUGGUAGACCAGGUGCCUCAGGACCCCAAGGGACAGCUGGUUUGCCAGGUGGCCCCGGAACUAAAGGUGGACUCGGAGACAAGGGCGAGACAGGACCCAGAGGUGCUGUCGGGAUGUCUGGAGUACCAGGCCCUCAGGGAGAGCCUGGUCCCCCAGGUGAGGCUGGCAUGGAGGGCGUCCCAGGACCCAAGGGUGACAGAGGCGAGAGAGGACCAGUAGGACCCCAGGGUGUCGUGGGCAAGCCCGGAAACAAGGGACAGCGCGGACCCAUGGGAAUACCAGGAGCACAGGGCCUUUCUGGAACUAAAGGGGACAAGGGAUUCCAAGGCCGAGUUGGAGCUAAAGGAGACUUUGGUGACCCCGGUGUGGAGGGAUUGGAAGGGGAGACAGGAGACAAGGGGAUCUCUGGUGAGCCCGGGCCCAAAGGACAGCAAGGAGUGAGGGGUGACACGGGCCACAACGGACCCACCGGAGAUUCAGGCAAGCCAGGAGACCCAGGACCCCCAGGCCUCCCCGGCCCCAGAGGCCUCAACGGAGAGAGGGGUGUCCCCGGCAUGCCUGGCAUCCAAGGAUCUUCGGGUCGUGAUGCAUCUGACCAGCACAUCAUUGAGGUUGUCCUGAAAAUGCUGCAAGAGAGGCUAGCGGCGGUAGCAGUGAGCGCUAAGAGGGCCGUGUUGGGCGGAGCCGGCGUGAUGGGACCUCCAGGGCCUCCUGGACCUCCGGGGUCACCGGGGCCUCAAGGGCCACAUGGACCAGUUGGAGCUCGCGGAAUCCCCGGAAUUUUUGGGGCUCCUGGCCAGAUUGGAAACACUGGUCUUAAAGGAAAGCGAGGAGGUAAAGGAAACAGAGGAGACCCAGGCCGCCCACAUCCCGGCCAGCCUGGCAUACCCGGUCUCCCAGGUCUUCCAGGUCUUGACGGGGUUGCCAGAGAUGGUAAGCAUGGUGAGAGAGGCCCCCAUGGCUCCGCUGGAGACGCUGGUCACCCAGGUAAGGCUGGCCCGUCGGGUCUCCCCGGGUUCUGUGAAGCGGCCGCCUGCCUGGCUGCCUCCGCCUACACCUCACCCCGGCUCAUGGAGGCCGGAAGGAUCAAGGGGCCAUCCAAGUAACAUCUCGAGGGAACGAGGGAGAAGGAGAGAAAGAGAAAGAGAGAGAGAGAAAGAGGCACUCAUACACUCCUUCCCUCCUCUAAACACCAGCGUGAGGGGUAGAGGGGGCAAACCAGCCUGACUGACAUUUGCAGACAUCUAUCAUUGUGACAUCACCGGUGGCCGAUCCACCAUUGGCUGUUGGCAGUGUCACUCAUUUUGGAAUACUCCCGCCGCCACCACCACCCGACAGUGAGGUUCUAGCAGUGUCAGCCGUGACAUCAUCAUCAUCUUGUUGACAUCACCAAACCAGUAGCCCUGGACUGGAGAGCUGAAAGACUCAAGUCCAAGAAAAAAUAAAUACUAAAUAAACAGAGGAGCUUUUCUUUUAUAUUGUGGUCACUUUAAAUGUUUUGAGUUUUACUGCUCAUUAUUUCCAAGCAUUGUUUGUUUUUAAACAGGGCAAGUUCGAGCACACUACCCCCCUAACACAAACAUACCCCCUCAUCUGUGAAUGUUCACACAAGUAGUAGUAUAACAUGCAAGGCCAUAUCCAUACCCUUAAGUCUCAUUAAGGUUAUUGUUAAGGAUUCAAUUUUAUUCCAGACUAUAAAUUUGACUGUGUACAGUAUCCCCCUUAGACUUCUAAGAGACGGAUUACCUUAAUGUCCUCUAGUUGCCCGGCAACAGGUUUCUUGACAACAGUCUAAUCAGUGAUUUUUAGUGCUAUGUAAAUCUUUGUAAAUGUGUGUUAAUUUUAUAUGUAAGGGUGGGUUUUCGUGUUUUCGUUAGACCUGAACAGAGAGCCUUGGUUAAUGAAUGUAAUCAGCGUUUUUGAGUUGAAGUCGACCAAACUCACUCUGCUUCAGCAUCAAGGUUUCAUUUCCCAGUCAACUCAUCUAUGCCACUGUCAAGUCCCGAUGCAAAUGACAACCUUUUCCCCCUACCAAUAAAAGUGCAGAGAACUGAUUAUUUUCAUUAAACAACGAAAGCUAUUUAUUGUUCUUUCCUUGGAUCAUCUGUAAACGAGAAAAGUUCUCUUUCUUCUUCGCACCUGGCUGUUCAGGUCAACCUAAAUCAAUAAAGAGGAACGUUUUGUAAAA